AUGGUGGGCGUGCCUCACAGUAAGGGCUGCCAGUAUUGUGUUCGGCGACGGAUCAAGUGCGAUGAAAGACGGCCCCUCUGCAAGCGUUGCGAGAUCCGCGGUCUGCAAUGCCCCGGCUAUGAGAAACCAACAAAGUUUUUCCAUUUUUCCAUGACCCAAAGCGACCGGCAGAUUACUCCUCAAUCUCGGCCAAGUAAAAUAUCACCAAAAGACGGCAUCCAAAGCGGCAGCGGCAGCGGUAGUAGCAGCAACAACAGCAAGAAGGUGGUUGCGAGUAUCGAUGAAUGCCUAGCACCUACUCUUGUUCAAAGGUCUAUAUGUAUACAGCAAAAGGAGUUGUUCUGCGAUUUUGUCGACGUCACUUUCCCGGGCCUCUACUACUCAUGGAGUAACCGCAUGGAAGUGAAUUUUAUGGAUUUCAUGCGUCAGCAGAGCGAUACUCCGACGAAUGCCCUCAUGUGGGCUGCUUCUACAUUAUGCACAGUGAACAGAGGUCAAAGGGACAAGGACAGCCAACAGAUGGAUCUCGGGCGUGCAAUGUACAUUCGAGGGAUACAAGCAUUGAUACAGUUGAUUCAGAAUCCAAGGACUGUCAAAUCAGAUCAAACUUUGGGUACUGCGGUUCUGUUGGGUAUUUGUGAAAUGAUAGAUGGGUCCUUUGAACAAUCUUGGCUGGCACAUUCUAGUGGAAUUGCUGCUCUCUUUCAACACCGAGGGCCUGACGCGCACCGCGAUGGAGUUGGCAGGACAUUGCUGAUCUCCUUCCGGGCCUUUCUUGUGGCGGAUGCUCUACUUCGAGGCGAGCCAUGCUUUCUGGCCGAACCUGCCUGGAGAUCUGUGAUCAUACAAUCGAUGAAGCAAGAGAAUGAGCGUGGGAAAGGAAGUGAGCUUGGUGAUCUAGUGGAGUAUGCAUUUCAUGAAAUAAUCCUUUGCCCCGGCCUGGUGGCAAGAGUGCGUGACAUGCUUGCAGGAAGCACAAUUGAUAUUAUUCAGAUGAGGCUCUUAGUUGGAGUACUUUCAACUGUAAUAUCAAAUCUUUGCAAGCUACAAAACGAGCUGUGCAUCUUGCUCUCUCAGGGAAUUGCGCUUGGGAAUAGGCCAGACCUCGUCGGUCCUAUUCCUGGCCCGGUGGUUCAUCUCCUCGCAAAUUUUUCCUUGCAGGGCAUUGAUAUGGCCAUCGAUUUGUUAAAUCGACUACUGAGCUCAUUGGGGGCUUAUCAAAAAGGUAUUAUUAUGGAAGGUGACUACCCGCAACAAAAGUUCAACCAGACUUGCAUAGCGAGUGAUAGAAUCAUUGGAGAAAAGCUUGUGGAAGGACCGGACCGACUUGCUUUAUCCAUGGGAAUGCUGGUCCUACAAGAAUGA